AUGAGAAAACGGAAAUUGCAGCAGUUUCUAAAUAAUAAGUUCAGAGCUGCCCCUUUAUUGGCUUCAGAGGUAUGUAACCAACAAAAUGCCACAGAAUUGAGCAGAGGGCAGUUAUCUCAUGCCUCUUCGGUUUCAUCCUUGCUGGAUUCAGUUGACUCCACUGAAAGUUUAGAGCAGAAAACUCUCUUGAGCUCACAUAGUUCGUGCAGCAUAUUGACAUUUGAGGAUGAUUGUCGAUGGAAAAAGCUAUCUGCUGAAUUCUCCGUUAUGGAUUAUGCAACAGACAGGAGUCCCCUGAACAAGGAUGUUUCUCCCUUGGUUGAUUCUGAUGAAUCUGUUAAUGGUUCAAAUUCUCCGAGUUCAGAAAACCUGACCGUCCGGGAUCCACCCUUACCGGAUUUGGGUGACUCCAUUCAUGGUUCAAGCUCAAAUUUGGAAGAAUCAAACCAAACAUUUCUUCACACCCCUAGGCGAUCACCCAGGUUGCUGAACUUCAUUGGUGAUCACCUCCAAAGAACGGUUAUUCCAGUUGGGCCACACUUCCAGGCUGAUGUUCCUGACUGGAUUGGUCCUGUUAACAAGGGAAUUCUUAGGGGUGAGUAUUGUGAUUCUGAAACUUUGAGGUGGUUGGGCACCCGGGUUUGGCCCAAUGAAGACACAAAUAAAGAAUCAACUGGAAAAGCAGUUGGAAAAGGGAGACCUGACUCUUGCUCAUGUGUCUCUCCUGGAUCAACUGAUUGUUCAAGAAUCCACAUUCUUGAGCAGAGGCUCCUUCUGCAAUAUGAUCUUGGUCCUACUUUUUUCAGUUGGAAGUUCGAUGAGAUGGGAGAAGAAGUUUCAAAGUCAUGGACAUUGAAGGAACAACAAAGUUUCGAUUCUCUUGUGAAAGUGAGUCCACCAUCAAAAGGUAAGAAUUUUUUGAAGCAUGCCUUGAAAUGCUUCCCCUGCAAGUGCAAAAGAAAUAUACUGAGCUACUACUUCAAUGUGUCCAUCCCUAGACGGAUGAGCAUGGAGAUUAGGUCAUCCCUACAUCAAGUUGACAGUGAUGACAAGAAGGUGAAAGAUGUUAAUUACGUGGAUUUACAGAAAACACGUAAUGGUAGGAGUCGUAUCAUUGGAAGUCCUAAAGAUGUGAAAAGUCAGUACUUUGGUUGUCGUUUUUGA